AUGUCGGCCGAAAGAGAGCGGGAGAUGUACCAGCGCAGAAUGCGCAAAGAAGGUACGCAGACGAUGGUUCUGCCAGGUGGCAUCAAUGGUGAUGAGGCUUCCAAGGGCAGCAAGGGUAGUGAUGAUCAUGUCACCGACCCCACGGGCGAGGGUGAUGGCGAUCCUUUCACUGAGAGUGACGACGAGGCGAAGAACGGGAACGUGACCCGAGGUGAUCAGUUGUCUUUGAAGAGCAAGCGUAAGGCUGCGAGGGCCAACGCCACGGCGAAGGCCAAGGCAGUCCUUCCAAGGGGAAAGAGCCGUGGGCUUAAGAAGCUCAAGUCCGUGAAGAAGAAAGCCAAAGCUUCGGGCGAGAGCCAGGAGUGGGAGAAUUGGCGACAGGAGGAGUGGGCAUGGGAGGAGGAAUGGGACCCGACUUGGGACGAUGAGGAUUGGGAUGCUUGGGAAGAGGAGGAGGAGAUCAAGCCGAAAAGCAGAGCCAAGCCGGGACCCAAGCCGAAAGGCAAGUCCAUCCCGAAAGCCAAAGCUUCCCCCAAGAGCAAAGCAAAAGCAAAGGCCAAGGCAAAAGCCUCCGCCACAAAGCACGAUCCAGCGAAGCCCAAGGCCAAAGCAAAGCAAGUGAAGCCGAAGCCAACGGAGGAGGUUAAGCCUGUGCUGAAGCGCAAGAGGGGCAAGACUCCCGAGCAUGAGCCCGAGACGGAUUCGCCUAAUGUGACGCAGCUCAAGAAAAAGCUCUUGACGUUUGUGGGCCAGCACAGUGGCCGAGAGAUGGAUGCGGCCUUCAAGAAGGAGCUUCGUGAGGUGUGCCAGGGCCCUUUGGUGAACAGCUCGCUGAACAUCUAUUGGAAGCGACCUGCUUGUGGGGUGACAUGCAAGUCCUUGUCCAAGGAUUUCGGCUACUACUACUUUAAAGCCGACGGUGUGGAUUUCCUUGAUCGUCUUCUGCUUGCUUGCAAAGCUGGCCAUGAGAUUGUGUUCCAGAAAAACUAG